GAAGUAGCAGAGAGAGAGAAGGAGAGAUGGUCCACUGGGUGAGAAGGAGAGGUGGAGUAGACGAGCUGUAGCAUUCGCAUUGGUAGUAGCGGAGAGAGAAACAUCAGCAUUGAAGCAGAUGAUGGGAAGGAUAGAGCUGACAUCCGCACCUUAUUAUUGCGUUGCUUCCCUUCUCAUGUGACCCAAAUUUGGACGUAUCAGCGAGUUGCGAACAAGCAAUCUGUCUCCAUUCAUCUCAUAGCAGGAGGCUCAUCAUUCAUUCUCGUCUUCCCCUCACAACUCGGUUUGCUCGCUUCCUUUCACGCCAUUACCGUGGGGAGGAGGAGGAUGGUAGCAGGAGCAGCCGCUGCUGCGAUGGAUGCAGCUUACCCGAAACUCUCUCCGUUUCUUGUGAUCUUCUUAUGCUUUCUCUGUGGCUGCUCUCACCUCUGCGCCGCGGCCACCGUGACGUACGACCACAGGGCGCUGGUGAUAGAUGGCACCCGAAGGGUCCUCAUCUCCGGCUCCAUCCACUAUCCCCGCAGCACUCCCGAGAUGUGGCCGGACCUCAUCGAGAAGUCCAAGAACGGUGGUCUUGACGUCGUUGAGACCUACGUCUUCUGGAACCUCCACGAGCCCGUCCGGGGCCAGUAUGAUUUUGAAGGAAGGAAGGAUUUGGUGAGGUUCGUGAAGACAGUGGCAGAGGCCGGUCUCUAUGUUCACCUCCGGAUCGGCCCUUACGUCUGCGCCGAAUGGAACUAUGGGGGAUUUCCUCUCUGGUUGCAUUUCAUACCUGGGAUCAAGUUUAGGACUGACAACGAACCCUUCAAGAGAGAGAUGCAACGGUUUACAACAAAGAUUGUGGAAAUGAUGAAGCAGGAGAAACUUUAUGCAUCCCAAGGUGGACCCAUCAUCCUGUCUCAGAUCGAAAAUGAGUAUGGGAACAUCGAUUCUUCUUAUGGUGCUGCAGCAAAGACUUACAUCAAUUGGUCGGCAUCAAUGGCAACCUCUCUAGACACAGGUGUACCAUGGGUGAUGUGCCAACAAGCUGAUGCACCUGACCCCAUUAUCAACACUUGCAAUGGCUUUUACUGUGAUCAGUUUACUCCAAACUCUAACAAGAAACCAAAAAUGUGGACAGAAAAUUGGACUGGAUGGUUUCUUUCCUUUGGUGGUGGAGUGCCAUACAGACCAGUUGAAGACCUUGCAUUUGCUGUAGCCCGAUUCUUCCAACGUGGUGGCACCUUCCAGAACUACUACAUGUAUCACGGUGGGACCAACUUUGGCCGCACUACAGGUGGACCAUUUAUUGCUACCAGCUAUGAUUAUGAUGCUCCAAUCGAUGAGUAUGGAAUUCUUAGGCAACCUAAGUGGGGCCACCUAAGAGACUUGCAUAAAGUCAUAAAGCUUUGUGAAGGAGCAUUGGUAGCAACUGAUCCAACCUACACUUCUCUUGGUCAGAAUCUGGAGGCCCAUGUUUAUAAGACAGCGUCAGGGAGCUGUGCAGCAUUUCUUGCCAAUGUAGGCACCCAAUCUGAUGCUACUGUUACUUUUAAUGGUAAAACAUAUAAUUUACCUGCAUGGUCGGUGAGCAUCCUUCCUGACUGCCAAAAUGUUGUAUUCAAUACUGCACAGAUAAAUUCCCAAUCCACUCUUUUGGAGACAAAAUAUGUAAAAACAUACAGUCAGGCCUCAGAUCAACCCAUAAAUUCCUCUGAAAUAUCUGAGUCAUCAUGGACUUUUAUCAAAGAACCUGUGGGUAUCACAAAGAGCAGUGCUUUCACAAAAGUAGGAUUGCUUGAACAGAUAAAUACUACUGCUGAUGCCAGUGACUACCUUUGGUAUUCAACAAGCAUUGAUAUUAAUGGAAAUGAACCAUUUCUUUUCAAUGGAACUCAGACUACUUUGCACGUAGAAUCUCUUGGUCAUGUCCUCCAUGCUUUUGUCAAUGGACAAUUAUCAGGCAGUGGGAUGGGCAAUAGUGACAAUGCAAAAGUCACAUUGGACAAGUCUAUCAUGCUUGCACCAGGAAAGAACAAAAUCGAUCUUUUAAGUGUCACAGUUGGCCUUCAGAACUAUGGUGCAUUCUUCGAUCUAUGGGGUGCUGGAAUCACUGGUCCUGUGAUGCUGAAGGGCCAAAAAAGCACGACAGAUCUAUCUUCAAAUGACUGGACAUAUCAGAUUGGCCUUAAAGGUGAAGAGUUGGGCAUAUAUGAAGAGUCAGGGGAUUCAUCAAUAUGGAUUUCACAAUCUGCUUUGCCAAAGAAUCAGCCUUUGGUAUGGUACAAGGGCUACUUUGAUGCACCUGAGGGCAACGAUCCGGUUGCAAUAGACUUUACUGGAAUGGGGAAGGGUGAGGCAUGGGUGAAUGGACAGAGCAUUGGACGCUAUUGGCCAGCUUAUGUUUCUCCGCAGACUGGCUGUACCACUCAAUGCAACUACAGAGGAGCAUUUAGUUCAAAUAAGUGCCUGAAGAACUGUGGCAAACCGUCUCAGAGACUGUAUCAUGUUCCUCGGUCACUGAUCCAAUCUGGCAAAAAUAGACUGGUUCUUUUUGAGGAAAUGAGUGGAGAUCCGACUCAGAUAUCUUUUGCUACGAGGCAGACCGUAAGCUUAUGUGGACAUGUAUCGGAGUCCCAUCCAGCGCUCUUAGAUGCUCAGAGCACUGCACCGAGUAAUGUGCCAAUGCUCCGUCUAGAGUGCCCAUAUCCAAAUCAGAUGAUUUCUUCAAUAAAGUUUGCAAGCUUUGGAACUCCACAUGGCACCUGUGGAAGCUACGACCACGGCAAAUGCAGCAGCGACGAUGCUCUUGCUGUCGUGCAGCAGGCAUGCAUUGGUGUCAAGAGCUGCGACGUCGAGGUCUCAAUCAAGUUGUUUGGCGAUCCAUGUAGAAAUGUUAUCAAGAGCCUUGCAGUUGAAGCUGCAUGUUCUUAAUGGAAGAUGAUGAUACAUGAGCAUCAAAGAUCCAAAUGGUGGGACUAAAGCAGUUCCACAGGGUGGUCGGAGGAAAGAGAGUGACGAUGAAUAAAAUGUACAAAACAUUAUCAAACAGAAUGAUCCAAAAAAUGAAAGAUAAGGUGUAUAUUUUGCACUGA